GUGUUUUUUUGUUUUACUAAAAAUCAUAAUCUACGGACUAUAUAAUGAGAUUCAUGCUCUGAGCUUGAGCCUGACUUAGUCACGUGAUUCGUUUGACUGUAACAGAGAUUUGAAUUCAAAGUAGAGGUGGGCGAUACCAAAAAUUUCCAAGCUCAAUUAUGGCAACUCCUUUUGUAAAAGAGUCAAAACGACACCAGCCACUAAAAAUCUUUGAUCUUGAUAAGAUACUUACUUUACUAAAGAGGCAUAGAUUUUCUAGUCACAGAUAUUAUGAUCUUGGUCUUGAUCUGGGUCUGCAUUCUCAUACACUUCAUGAUAUUGAAAAUAAGUACUAUGGAGAUGCUGAUAGAUGUCUAAGAGAGUGCUUGAUAGCAUGGUUGCUACAAAGAGAUAGUGUAAUGAGAGGUGGUCCAACUUAUGAUGCACUAAUACAAGCAUUGAGGAAGAUGGGAGCGAAUGCUGUAGCUGAUGGGAUUGAAGAAGAUAGUAAGGAAUAAUAUUUAUUAUUUAUUUUAAUUUGGAGGGAGUUAUUGACGGUUGUGGC